GCCUGAGGGGGGUUUUUUGUCUCCCUAGUGCGCAUGCGCCACUCGCCAAUCUCUUCACCGGCCCUCAGCGGCGGCGGCGAAGAAGGAGUUUGGGAGUUCAAAAUGGCUGCCCCGACGUUGGUGGAGUUGGCAAUGCGGGGACACGGAAUUGAAGAAGCUGAUAUAUCUGAACGAAGUGCAAAUGAAGAAAAUGGAGAUAUUUCAGAAGGAGACCAACCACAAAUUAAACAUAGUCGACAUAAAAAAAAGAAACACAAACAUCGAGGCAAACAUAAGAAACACAAACAUUCUUCAGAAGAAGAUAAGGACAAAAAGCAUAAACAUAGGCACAAACAUAAGAAACAUAAACGAAAGGAGGUUGCCGAUAUCUCUGAUAAAGAAGAUGGGCCAGCAAAAAGAACUAAAAUUGACUUCUUAGCUCCUCUAGAAGAUUUAGAGAAACAAAGAGCAUUAUUAAAAGCUGAACUUGAAAAUGAGCUAAUGGAAGGAAAGGUUCAAUCUGGGAUGGGAUUAAUAUUACAAGGAUAUGAGUCAGGUUCAGAAGAAGAAGGAGAAAUCAAUGAUAAGGCGAGAAAUGGAACUAGAUCUGCAAAUAAAUCAAAUGUUAAGGGAAAGCUUGAGAUUGUAGACAAUAAAAGUUCAAAGAAACGCAGUAAGAGCAGAUCAAAAGAACGGACUCGACACAGGUCUGAUAAAAAGAAAAGCAAGUCAGGAGUUGAUGGUAUAAAAGAGAAAGCUACUAGAAGUAAAUCAAAAGAAAGAAAAAAAUCUAAAAGCCCAUCUAAAAGAAUAAAGUCUCAGGAUCAAAUAGGAAAGUCAAAAUCUCCAACCCUUAAAAGGCGCUCUCAAGAAAAAAAUAGGAAGUCACGAUCUCCUCCUGAAGAUAAAACUAAAGCAGAAGAUAAGAUCAAAUCAAGAGAUCGUAAAAAAUCUCCACUUAUUAAUGAAAAUAAAAUUAGAGAUCGUAGCAAAAGAUCCAAAUCUCCAAUAGAACAAAGAAGCAAAUCCAAAGAUAGACAAUCAAGAUCGAAAGAUCGAAAAUCCAGGAGAUCUGAGGCUGAAAAAGAAAAGAAGCUCAUCAAAUCACCUUCAAAAGAUAUGUCAUCAGGUAAAGAAAACAGGUCUCCUAGUAAAAGACCUGGUCGUAGUCCUAAAGGAAGAAGUUUAUCCCCAAAACCACGAGAUAAACUAAGACGCAGCAGAUCACCCCUGCUUAAUGAUCGCAGAUCUAAACAGAGUAAAUCACCAUCUCGAAAUCAGUCUCCUGUUAGGAGAGCAAAGAGCAGAUCAGCAGAUAGAAAAAGAAGAGAAUCUGAAAGGAGACGUUUUUCUUCUCCAAGAACACGAACUAGAGAUGACAUCCUCUCAAGAAGGGAGCGAUCAAAAGAUGCCAGUCCACCUAGAUGGUCUCCUUCAAGAAGAAGAUCCAGGUCUCCACUUCGACGAAGAUCUCGCUCUCCACUUCGACGUAGCCGGUCUCCAAGAAGGAGAAGUAGAUCUCCUCGGAGGAGAGACAGGGGUAGACGUAGUAGAUCUCGUUUGAGAAGGCGAUCCAGAUCACGAGGUGGCCGUAGACGACGGAGCAGGAGCAAAAUAGAAGAUAAAUUUAAGGGAAGCCUUUCAGAAGGAAUGAAGAUUGAGCAAGAAUCUUCAUCUGAUGAAAACCUUGAAGACUUCGAUGUUGAAGAAGAAGAUGAGGAAGCUCUAAUUGAGCAAAGAAGAUUACAGAGGCAAGCAAUUGUGCAGAAAUAUAAGUACUUAACAGAGGAUAGUAACAUGUCAGUGCCAUCUGAACCAAGCAGCCCUCAAAGCAGUACUCGCAGUCGUUCCAACUCACCAGAAGGCAUUCUUGAACGGGUAGCAGCUGAUGUUAAAGAGUAUGAACGAGAAAAUGUGGACACUUUUGAAGCCUCAGUGAAGGCAAAACACAACCUCAUGGCAGUUGAACAAAAUAAUGGUUCAUCUCAGAAGAAAAUCACAGCUCCUGAUAUGUUUACAGAAUCAGAUGAUAUGUUUGCUGCAUAUUUUGACAGUGCACGUCUUAGAGCUGCUGGCUUUGGAAAAGACUUCAAAGAAAAUCCAAAUCUCAGGGAUAACUGGACCGAUGCUGAAGGAUAUUACCGGGUUAACAUAGGUGAAGUGUUAGAUAAACGUUACAAUGUGUAUGGUUACACUGGCCAAGGAGUUUUCAGUAAUGUGGUUAGAGCCAGAGAUAUGGCGAGAGCAAACCAAGAAGUGGCUGUGAAGAUCAUUAGAAACAAUGAACUUAUGCAAAAAACUGGUUUAAAAGAACUGGAAUUCUUGAAGAAGCUCAAUGAUGCAGACCCUGAUGACAAAUUUCAUUGUCUACGUUUGUUCCGACAUUUUUACCAUAAGCAGCACCUUUGUCUAGUGUUUGAACCUCUGAGUAUGAAUUUACGAGAAGUUCUAAAGAAAUAUGGAAAAGAUGUUGGUCUCCAUAUAAAGGCUGUGCGAUCCUAUAGUCAGCAGUUAUUCCUGGCCUUGAAACUUCUGAAAAGAUGCAACAUUUUACAUGCUGAUAUCAAACCAGAUAACAUUUUGGUGAAUGAAUCAAAAACCAUUUUAAAACUUUGUGACUUUGGAUCAGCUUCACAUGUUGCUGACAAUGAUAUCACACCAUAUCUUGUUAGUCGAUUUUAUCGUGCUCCUGAAAUUAUUAUAGGCAAAAUCUAUGACUACGGUAUAGAUAUGUGGUCUGUAGGCUGUACAUUGUAUGAACUUUAUACUGGGAAAAUAUUAUUUGCUGGGAAAACCAAUAAUCAUAUGUUGAAACUUGCUAUGGACCUCAAAGGAAAGAUGCCAAACAAGAUGAUCCGAAAAGGAGUGUUCAAAGAUCAGCACUUCGAUCAAAACCUCAACUUUAUGUACAUAGAGGUAGAUAAAGUAACAGAAAGGGAAAAAGUGACUGUGAUGAGCACCAUUAAUCCAACAAAGGACCUGCUUGCAGAUUUAAUUGGGUGCCAACGCCUCCCCGAAGAUCAGCGCAAAAAGGUGUGUGCGUGCAGGCCACAGCAGCAUGCCCUUGGUGUAGUCAGUGCCGAAAGGGGUCUGUUCCUUCUUGAGCCUGCCCACAGGGAUGGUCUCCUCUUUUAAAGCAGGUUGCGUACAACUUUCAGUACACUGAAGGUAAGCUAAACCAUCAACAUCACUGGUGUUUAAGAUGUUAAUUGUACUGGAUCAACUGACAAACGAGAAUCGGUCACUCUGUAGCAGAAUUCCCUGCAUGUUUUAUAAAGGAGAUAUACCUAUAUAUAAAUAUAUAUAUAAAUAUAUAUAUUAUUUUCUGGCAUUACAACUGUGGCAUAAUUCCAGCUUGUGUUUGAUCAUCACAUUCAAAGAAAAAAAGUGGAGGAGUGUGCACUUGAUGGAGAGAGCGCCUUCAGUGUACUGUUUAUAUUACUUUUUUUAAAAUAUCAACUUGCUACAUAGACUUUAUACCUUUUGUUAAAUACAGUUCACGAUGGCAUAAAACCAGUACUUAAGUCAUUUUCAUUUACUAACAACAAAUGCUAAGCUCUGGUUCCAAAAGUCCUUAUCUCCUCUUGGCCAGAUAGAAAGCACCACAAUUUUUUUUUAGCUAUUUGUAUGUCAUUUGAAAAUGUACUGCUUUAUGCUAAAGGUGUUUUCAUUUGUUCAUUGUUUUCAUUAUUUGUGAUCAUGUUGUCUUUCAAUACAGGCAUAAACCUUCCACUCUUGAACAAAGCAGCUGCUUUUUAAAAGCGGUAAUUGCUUCUUUACCUUUUAUUUCUUUUGUAAAUGAAACUUUAAGAAAUGUGACUUUAAAGUGUUGUCUCUUGCAUAAAAUAGUUGACAUUCACUUAUUGUAAAGUGAAGAUUGUUCUGCUGCAUGUAAAGUGGACCAUGCAGAUUUCUGUAUGUUUUCGGUAUGCAUCAUUAGAUAAUAAAGUCUUUUGUGAACAAGGCAUUGGUAGCCCUUUUUAAAAGAUUUUUGUCUCCGGCGUUGCCGACUCAGGUAAACCAUAAGAACUUUCCUUUUUAAUAGUCCUUUAAUUAAAACAAUUACUAAAAGAUGUGAUCCCCUGAAAGAACUUUUAGACUAUUAAUUAUUGAAAAUUCAAUGUAAAUAUUGUCCCAAGCCCCCUGCAGAUAUUGUCUGCUUUCAUUGUUAAGAAAUUUAUUCCUGUAGGUUAUUGAAUUAGAUGCAGGUUUUAACUAAUGUUUGUGCUGUUUUUCUUACUUUUCCUUUUUGAUGGUGCUGAGAGAGACAAAGGAAAGCAAGUCACAGGCCACUCAACGCCUACUCCAGGGGGUCUGGUUUGCUGAGACACCAUCUUCACCUUCCUAACAAGGUUAUUUCUGACAGCAUGUGUAGAUAAACAUUUAGCAACAACUUUAAAAAUAGUUUGUUCAUCAUGAAGAUACUCAACUGAAUCAAUUGUUUGCCAGCCCAAUAUUUUUUAUUAAAAGCGGUUCAUACAACAGAUGAUUCGUGUAUGUUGCCUAGCUAAAACUUAGAUGUUUUAUAAUAUUCUGAAGUUUAUAAGGAUUUUUAAAAUCCAUAAAGGCAUGUACUUAAAACGAAGUCAUAUUUAGUGCAGCCAAACCUAUUGUUUGCUAAUGGGAUGCUUCCUAGGAGCUGUUCCCUACUAUAAUGGAAUAACAAACUACGACAGUAGUUGAUAAUAUUGUCUAUUUUGAACCUCUACGCUGUCUCUCUAAUGUUACUUAAAAAGUAGUAAAAGUGAUUGUCAACUUAUUUAAAAUGUUUCUUGUUUGUGCAGGAAACAGAAAGCAACUUCACUGAAAGGAAGAUAUAUAUUACUUGAUAGUCUUUUGCACACACAGUAAAGGGGCAUGCUGUUUUGACAGUGCUAUCAGCCUCCCUUGCGCAUCUAGUGGCAAUAUGACACAUGUCAUAAAAUGUGAUGGUCUUCACCAUUUGUUCGUGUCCCUGCUUCCAAAUAAUAAAAGACAGUUGUCAUGACAAUUCCAGUAGCAGCUACAACCUUCCCCCCCUCCCCCACUUAUGGCUACAAAAAUUUUAAACUUUCCUAAGAAAAAACAAAGUUGCUUGUUUACUUAUUCUUUGUGUUAUAGAUGCCGUUCAAAUGAAGAUGAUGGCAACCAGAAGACAUGAACAAAGGUUUCUGUUCUCUAAAAGAUAUGCAAAACAUUCUUAUGUCUUUUUUUUUUUAAGAAAAAAAAUCUUUUGUUCACAGCUCACAGAUAUAGACUUCAUUUACACUUUCUCAUGCCGGCAGUUCUUAGCAUAGUACUCUUUUGGUGAUGUUUUUUGGUUUUGGUUUUCUUUAUACAAAUGUUUGUUUCAUUUCUGGAUGAUAAGAUUUUUAUUGUAGUAAAACAGAUAGGCAACUGAUUAUAUUUUAAAUCCAUUAUAGAGCCUCCAUGCACACCUUCAAAGUAUAAUCAAAUGCUGUUAUAGGAUUGCCGACAUAACUGCUUAAGACUUUAUAAUGGUAUAGUCAUAGAGGUAAUAUACUAAAGUAUAUUUGGGCUGCCAACUAUUAAUACUCUGUGACACUCUGUUAAAGUGACAUAAAUUAUUCAGUCCUUUUGCAUUUUUUUAAGCAACACAGUAUGAAUUUGGAUGUCUGUAUAAAAAAACCAUCUGGAUUCUGGUUUUGUUAAACUCUGCAAUCUAAUCCAAUUCAUACUGUACUGGUAGUUUAGCUUUUGCCUUAUCCAGCAAUCCUAUUAGAUGUUAUGAAUAAGGUGGUUUCACAUAGAAGCCAAUCUAAGUUUAACAAAAGAUCUUCAAAGGGAGGUUAUGAAGAAGCAUAAGUGAUGUUUAAAAUUCCUAACUUUUGUAACAGUAUUUCAGAGUUAGAAAUAUAUUUUAAGUACUGUAUGCUUUAUUCUGUUCAUUGGUGUUUUGUGUUACUGCAUAGAUUGUUAUAACAGAAAAAAUGUUUAGGAACAAUUUUGGUAAAUGAUAUUGAAUACUCUGCUAAUAAUAUGUUUCCCUUCCUAUAUAGGGUAAGUGGAAAAUUUGUGACAGGAAUUUACAUGGCUUGAUGUGAGCUCAAGAAGCUGAACCAGUCUGAAAAUUCAGGAUGAUAAUGUCUUUGCUGCUGAAAUUGACAAGCUGUAACACAGAGUUUUGAAUCAGCACAAAACAGAAAUUUUCUUUAAUAAAGCUUCAUUUUCUAUUUUAA